AUGUUGCACAAAGAAAUUCUCGCAUCACGACUUUCAAAUGAUUCGCAGCAGCGCAUAAAAAUCUGGCAGCAUGGUGAAAUUAGUUGCUAUGGAAUCAUUACAGUGACCGAUCGUAUGGGACACAUAGCUAUCCCUAUUGGUAAUCCAGCGAGAAAUACGAGCAAACGUGCUGUGUGGAUCGAUGGUGGAAAUCACGCGCGGGAAUGGCCUGCUUUCCACACAGCUGCCUUCUUCAUCCAUGAGCUAGUAUCAAAAUACAGUAAGGAUGCUGAAAUUACCAACUAUGUCGAUAAGCUGAAUAUUUAUGUAUCUCCGGUGCUCAACCCCGAUGGCUUCGAAUUUUCGCGUACAUCAGACGUCGCACUGAUAAGACACUGGCGAAAAAAUCGGGCUCCAGAAAACUGCUCCGGGAGCAUUCUGUUUCGGAAAAACUUAUGCUGCGACGGAGUUGAUCUCAACAGGAAUUAUGAUUUCGACUUUCGACAAACUCUUUAUCCGUACAACAAUCCUUGCUCUGAUGAAUAUCAAGGGCCGUAUCCAUUCAGUGAGCCUGAGUCACGGCAUGUUUCAUUUGAAACUAAUAUUCGCCUUCAUAUCGCAGUACGCGACAUUAUGACCUCAGCUGAAUUGCGUGGCAAAGUGGAUGCAGUGAUAAGUAUGCAUACUCAUGGUCAACUUAUCAUCCUGCCCUACAAUCAUCGCCGAAAUACUUACCCCAGCGAUUAUGCUGACUUGGUUUGUUCAAAUUAUAAUACAAUUUUUGUCCUAAAUUGUUAUAUGAUUUAA